CUUUGAUACUGUGAUUAUGAGUGUCCGGAUUUUUUUUUUUUCUGAGUGUUGGAAUUUUCUAAGGGGGUUGGUUAGAAGGAAAUAUGGGAACAAGGAUGUUACUGGGUAAAUGUUAAACUGCGCAUUUGUGAUGUUCGUGGAAAGAGGAGAAUCCGAAUCUGAAGCAGCGCAGCUAACCUGGGUUUAGAAUUUUAAUGGUGAUGGAAGGAGUAAGAAGAUUCAAGGCUUCUCAUGAUAAAUUGCAAGUGAUUGGGUGAUGGAGACAGGUGCUAAUGUAAUAUGGAAACUCAUAACUCCGACUGUGUCGAGAGUUAUCCCUCUUUGAUUACCAUGUGUCUGAUUUUUUGCUGAUGCAUUUCAUUUUUUUGCAAUAUUUGGCUAUUAUGUGUUCGUCUUACCGAGUUGUUUGACUCCAAUUUAGCAAAUAACUAUUUUGGAGUGACAAGAAUUCAUCUGCAUUUUCAUUUAACAAAUUUAUUCCUUUGGGAUUCAAUUUUCAAAGGGCAAUUCCAUUGGAUAUUAAGGAUUUUAUUUCAGGGUCUAUUUGAACGGGAUUAUGAUCUCAAUUGGUCAGAUCCUUCUAGAGAUAUUAGGGCUUUACUUAUUUAAGUAGUCAACAUUAAGAAGUAACGCCUUUGACAUAGUUGCAGAAAGAACUUUGUUCUAUGUUUUUUCAUUUAUAUUAUAUGGUUGAUUGUUGUUUGAGUUUUACUGUGUAGUGUGUUAUUGGUUUGAGAUGAGUAGCUAGUUAAGUGCUUGGCAUUUCAAGUGCUACUUUUUAAGUUAGAGAAGUGAUGGGUGGAUUGAAUGUUUGGGGAUUCCUUGCAUGGGAAGUUCAAUCUGUUUCUCACUGUAAACCAAGGCUUUUGGAACAAGAGUGAUGGGUGGGGCUCAGAAGGUAGAGCCUUCAGCAAGUACAUCUCUACUGGAAGGAGUUUGAGCGGUGAUCUUGCCUUCCUUAGAAAUACCCUUGGCACCGGCAAUGUAUGUGAGCAAAUUCUCCAUAGUUGAAAGUUUCAAAUGAAAACAUUAUCUUCCAAAGAGUGAGAUUCCUAUCUAGUCUCUACCAUAUCCAUUGUAUUUUCCAUUCUAGUGAUAGGCAUGCAGUUGGCAGGUCAGACCACUUGACGAAUCCCAAACAGCCAGUCUGCAAAGAUUUAUUGGGAAAACCAGUAAAAAAUUACAAUAGCUUUAUUUAGGGAAGAAAGAAAGCAACAAGAAAACUAAAUGCCAAAACAGGAGAAUAACCUCCCGAAAAACGAAUACAACUUGUCCCACGCUCAAAAGCUGGAAAAUUACAGUUAAUUCUUUUAUGCCUCAAACACUCCUUUGCUGAGUUGUCUCCCACACGUUUUGGCCUUUCUGCAUUUUUCUCCAGGAGUUUAUUGACAAAUUAUGGCCAGCUGUCGUCCCCAUUGAGCUUCCUCCAGAGACUCGUGGUUCUACUAGAGUACACUCUCUGGCCUUGAGCAUAUUUUCCCCUGCUCGCUACCAGAGCUGGACUCAAUUAUUAUUCGUUUGCCGGAACCGGAAGUCAAAAUUUUGGUAGAUAGGGAUCCCAUCAAAACUUUGUUCGAGGAAUGGGCCAAACCCGGUCAUUUCUCAAGAACAAUAGCUAAAGGACCUGAUACUACUACUUGGAUCUGGAACCUACAUGCUGAUGCUCACGAUUUCGAUAGCCAUAGCAAUGAUUUGGAGGAGAUUUCUCAGAAAGUAUCUCCAUUUCCUAUCAAGAAGCGUUUCCUCAGAAAUGGCAAUUUGUAAAUAAAUGUUCUUGUGUUUUAUGCUAUAGCUGCCAAAGAGAGAAAAUCAGGCUAGUUUUCUAAGAAUGACCUGAAUAGACAAUAGUAGGACUUGAAUGCUAAAUGUGACCAUUUUCAAUUCAUUUUUUGCAUAACUGAUAUUUCCUUGAAUUAUUGGUUGAUUUCCUUUUUACCAUUGGUUGCUCAAAUUGAAGAUUUUUAGUCAUAAGGUUGUGUGCUUUAUAAUAUGAUGGUGAAGAUUCUAGUUACAUCUCUGAUAUUUUUUUUAUAACAUCUUUUUUCAGGCAAUUCUUGUUUGGUAAGUAAUAAGGACUUCUCAUUGUGAUUGUUAACUGAAUAUUAGCCUGACCUACAUGGUUGUCAAACUCAUUUUUUGAGCCUAGAAUUGGUGAAGGGAUUUUAAUCUUGAACCGUACAAUCAUAGGAUAAUACUCACACAUACACACUUUAAAAAUAAAAGCACAUAUCUUGUCUUUCUUUUUAAAUAUAUAUAUAUAUAUAUAUAUAGUUAGAAAAAUGUUCUUAACGAUAGAUAUCUAGGGGCUUUUGAAGUUCAAUAAAUUAAUAACUACCGAGUCUAUUACCAUGUAAUGACUCAUGAGUAUAAUAAAUAAAAAAUUUCAAACAGGACCUGUAAUUUGUUUUUCUAUAUCAUUAUAUAAGCAUAUUUAGAAGAAAAAUUUUAAUUUUAAAGCUGAAUACUCUUUAUUUCUUAAACUUGUAAAUUCAUAUAAUUCUAUCAUUUUUUAAUGUAUUCACUAGCGAUUUUAUGCUGAUUUUAUAUGAAUCAGAUUUUCUUCAUUCAUUGACUCCUUUGGAUGAAUUUAACUUGUAAACUCAUAAAGCCAUACUAGGUGACUUCUUGUGGUUUUGACAACCAGUGACCGGUGGAAUGUUUAAGGUGUUCCAAUCAUGAUUCCUUUCCUUAAGAAAAUAGAAGACAUAGUUGAGUUGUUAGUAUUAGCUUCUUUUUUUUUUAUCCAGUUCAUUGUUGCUAAAGCAUAAGGCGCAUGUUUAUUAAUGUCAGGUCCAAGUUCCUGUGCAAACAUCAAAAUCCAGCAUGUCUUCAAAUCCUGCAUCUCCUGCAUUAAAAUUUUCAAAGAUGUCAAAAAAGCUGCAAGGAAUUGGAGCAGAAAAAUCUCUAUCACCUGAGGAGCAGCGAGCUAAGGUUAUGUUUGGAAAACUUAUUCUCCCUGGAAGCCCUUAGGAUUGGCAGCGUCCUAAUCCAAUUGAAUUGUUAAGAUGGGAAUUAAUUGGCUCCUUAUGUCUCCAGAUCAAUGAUAUUAGGAAUAUGUUAGGUCCUAUUGCUGAUAAGCUUCCAGCACUUUGUUCUGAUGCAUCACUAUCAAGAUAUCUUAGAGCAAGAAAUUGGAAUUCAAAGAAGGCAGCCAAAAUGUUGAAAGAAACCUUGAAAUGGAGGUUGGAAUUCAAGCCUGAGAAGAUCCGAUGGGAAGAUGUUGCUCUUGAAGCUCAAACUGGAAAAGUCUACAAAGCUAAUUAUUCCGACAAGAAAGGGAGGACUGUUCUUGUCAUGAGACCUGGUUUUCAGAAUACAAGUGCAUUAGGAGGACAGAUCAAGCACUUGGUUUAUUGUAUGGAAAAUGCCAUAAUGACUAUGAAUCCAGAUCAGGAGCAAAUGGUGUGGUUAAUUGAUUUUCAACAGUGGACAAUGAGUAGCAUAUCAGUGAAGGCAGCCCGGGAAACAGCUAAUAUCUUGCAGAAUCAUUAUCCUGAGAGAUUGGGCCUUGCAAUUCUCUACAAUCCCCCCAAAGUCUUCGAGUCCUUUUGGAUGAUGGUGAAACCAUUCAUUGAGCCCAAGACAUACAAGAAAGUGAAGUUUGUUUAUACUAAUGAUCUUGAGAGCCUAAAGAUAAUGGAAGAGCUCUUUGAUAUGGAUAAACUGGAUUCUGCGUUUGGGGGAAGAAGCUCAGCGGGUUUUGAUUAUGAAGCUUAUGCACAACGGAUGAGGGAAGAAGAUAAGAAAAUCUCUGAUUUAAACAUCUCCGGACCUUCAUCCCCAGUGCUGUCUGCCGCAAUGAAAACACAGCAAUUAGGAGUGUUGGCUACAGCUGACAGGGCUUCUGAUGAAGAUGACUCAUCGUCAGACGAUGAAGCUACUUCAAACUUGGAGGGCCUUGAUGAGGGAACACAAGAUCAGCCUUCUAAUUGUGAAAAUGUUAAGAUUGAUGAAACAGCAGAAAUGGUGUAAGAGAAGAAAUAAAUUCACCGAGGAUUAUACUGUUCUUGAAAGUGCAUAGUUGCACCUUAUGCUUAUAAUAGCCUGAACCUGAACAAUAGAAUAUUUGACCAAACAGUUGGUUUCUUCUGCAAAAAUAAAACAUUUACAGGUAGCUAACUCCCUCAGCCAGGCGACAGAAAUCUUCGAUAUACAUGCGUGAAGCGGUGCGGCUGAGAUGUUCAGAUUUGGCCAACAGCAUAUAGUAUAUAUUUAAUGUUAUACAUCCAAAAAUACCAAUUUAUUUAAAAUAUCUUUUAGA